UUAAAUUAGAGGACCACCAGCUGGCUUUGUCGCUUCAACUUAUAUAAGGCGAAGUCUCCGUCCAACACGCGCUCCUCAGCCCUCGUAAAAUCUCUUGGGCUUAGAGGUGCUCUUAUAACGCGAUACUAAACUUCACCAAUACACCACACCUUGGAAAGCCGCGCUGCUUGCCCCGGACGGCUCGCUGUCCGCAGUAUUAGCAGCUUAACUUCGUCAAUAGCUGUAGUACAAGUGUCCUAUCAAUACUAAAGGGGGCUCAGCCCCCAGAAAGCCUCGCCAGCAAUGUCUGCUCUGCUGCCGGGCGGCACGCCCAGCUCAUCGGCACGCGGCGGAGGGAGCGUGGGCAAGGACAGGCCGCAUGGGAGCAUCAGCAUAUCGGUGCCGGGCGGCGCGCGAAAAGCGAACACGGACCUGGAGUUCAACCUGGGCACUAGCAAGGCGCGUGUCAUGAAGCUGCUGGACGACCGCACCCCCGCGCCCUUCAAGAAGUUCUUCAGCGGCCCCCUGUACGACAGCCUGCUGAACGCCUGCCUGCUGUACUUCACAAGCCGCUUCAUGCACGACUGGAUCGUCAAGGCCAUGGACAAGGCUCGCAAGAUGCACAUGGACGGCUACAACCCCUACGCGGUGGCGCAGAGGCUGCACGAGCUGGAGGAGGAGAUGGAGCAGCAGCGGCUGGAGCUGAGCCCCAUCUACUCCCAGAUCAUCCUCAAGUACUCGACGUACGACAAGCCCCAGCAGGACAAGAUGUUCUUUGAGAGCCUCUACGAAACCCUGGUCAGCAUCCUCUGUGACGCCUUCUGCUCCCCCAAGAUGACGGGGUUCCUGCCCCCGCCCGCCGGCCCCGCGGGCCAGCAGGCGCCGCCUGCAGCCGCCGCCGCCGCAGCUGCAGCAGCGGCGGCGGCAGCCGGCGCCGGAGGCGCCGACAAUAGCGCCGCCACCAACGCCGCGGAGUUGGCAGCAAGCCGCCGCUCUGAAAUUGAGGGCGAGAUCGGCGGCCUGUUCCGGUCUCGGCACUUCAACACCAACCAGCGCAAGUACGCGGCGCCUCGCUCGGUGGACACUCUGGGCGUCAAGGAGCUGUACGCGCUCAAGCACGAGACCAGCAACCGCGCGCUGAACGCCAAGAUGCUCACGUCGCUGUACGCCAAGCCGCCCUCGCUGGCGGUGCAGGUGGCGUCGGUCACCAACAGCCCGCUGAUCAGCCAGUACAUAUCCUCGCCCAUCGUCGCCCGCGCCAAGGUCAAGGACCCGCUGGAGCGGCGGCAGAUGUUUGACAGCCUGGCCCAGGGGCAGGCCGCCUCGCCCCGCACCAAGAUCAGCCGGGCCUUCAAGUCCAUUGCGGCAGCGCGCGGCGUGGACGUCGCCAGCAUCAAGGACAAUCUAGCCAACCUGCGCACGGACGCGCAGGGUGCCGAGUCCGUGGGGCUGCUCCCCGCAGACCGCUCCUACCGCGACCGCCGCUCCGUGCCGCGGGGCGUGGUGGCGCCGGAAUCCAUCGGCCUGGCGGCGGACGAGCAGUUCAACUCGCUAGCAAUCCUAAAACGCUACAUCCUGUACGGACCGUUGUUGGGGUUCAGCCCGGCGGCGCCUGGCGGCGGUGGCGGCGGCGGCGGGCCGCCGGGCGCGCAGGCCUCCACGGGCACGAUUGGCGGCGGCAUGGGCGCGGCAACAUCGGGAACGUCAACGAGCAGUGUGGGUGGAGGGCUGGCGGGAGGAGGAGGUGGAGGAGGAGGUGGGGGUGGGGGUGCGGGGGCGUCGGCGGGUGGCGGCGCGGCGGGGGGGAAGCCGGAGGGCGGGGACCGGUUGUUUGCGGCGCUGGCGGGUGCUGCGGGGUCGAGCGGCAUGACGCGGCUGCAGUCCCUGCUGCCGCGAUUGCAGGGAGCCGGCAAUGCUGACUGAUGCUGGUAGCUAGCGGGUGGCUGUGGGUGUUGGACUGUAUGUGAGUGACGACGGUGUGCGCAGUGUGCGUGUGCGGUUUGCGUGUGUAUUAUGGGCUGGGCGCCGACUGUGCGUGUGUGCGACUGUGCGUGAAGGCAUGGACAUGUACAGGAUGAAGCGACAUUGCAGAGCAGCUACAAACUGAGCUACAGAAAUUAGAAAUUGAGGCAGUGAGCCGUUGUUGCAGUUGCUGGAGCUGCAAGAGCUGCUGGUGUUACCGGUGAGCCAGGGAGGGCAGCGGCGGCCUAGGGUGGCCUGCUUGGAUAGGGAUGCGCGGCGUACGCGUGUUGGGCAGAGGCAGGUUACUUGCUGCUAGGUCCUGCAUCUAGCAGGGGUAUCCCUGGCCCGAAUGGCAAGGCAUUGAGUCGUGAACGCAGCAUUGAGGUACAAAGUUUGACGGUGCUGGCUCAGGGGGCUACACGGCUGGAGCGGGGGAUCGGAGACACUGGACGAGGGCGAGGGAGGGGCAGGUGGCAUGGACGUACAGAACAAUUUCGCUCGAUGUGAAUUAUUGUAUGCACACAUAUUA